AUGUUUACCAGUAUAAAAGAAACAAUUACCAAGUUUGUGCAAUCGCCUUUUGUCAUUGUCAAUGCCGAUGAAGAAUUAGUUGACCCUGCUAAAGUUUUGAGAGUAUGUUAAUUAAAUAAAAUUACCUGGGUCAUUUUAUUUAACUUCUAUGAAUCUUUAGGGAAAAUGUGAACAGCAAAAAGAAGCACAAGAACGAUUCGCCAAGUUGCAAGAAUGCAAUGACCGUGUCAACUCUAGAAAGAAAACUGCUGAAACCUGUGUCGAAGAAUUGUGGGAUUUCUUAGAGGUCGUUGAUAAAUGCGUUGCAAAAGACUUAUUUGAUCAUUUAAAAUGA